CCGAUGUGUUUUGCAAAGUCAACCCUGGGCCAGCUCAACAAACCCGCCCACACGCCAGGGGUGUCACUGCCUACAGCUGCUGGGGCUUGCGACCGCUCUUCUAGGACAACAGACAGCGAUGUGCAAAGUGACUCCGACCUGAGCGAACAGAGUCCCACAACCUCAAGGCACAACGCCACCCAGCUUGCAGCUUACAAGGCGUCAGCCCAGUCCCUGCCAUGCAGCACAUACACCCUGAAGCCAAGCCCGACCCCGUUCAGGGCGCUGUCUGCGUCGGCAAAUGCUGUGCCGCCCCUAGCACUGUCCACCGGCAUCAGUCCCCCACCAGCCUUCGCACACUGCAGCCUUCCAGUGGAAUCUCAUCUCCCCGCUGUGGCAGAGGACCUGGUCCUUGCGCCAUGGGGCCCAGUACCAGAUCGCGCCCAGCAUGCGCAGGAUCUGCCCUGCCAAGCACCCGCCCCUGUGCUGCUUGAGCGCGGCAGCGACGAGGAGAGUAUCUCCACCAGGAGGCAGAAGGAGGGGAGGAGGCCCGGGGUGCUGGCCGUGCUGAAGGGAGUCUGCAGGAGCCUGGUGGGGCUGAGAAAGGAGGAGGUGGGGCCGAGCAAGGAGGCGGCUGCGCUGCCGGUGUCGCGGCUGGACGAUGACACUCCGCUGCUGGCCUGGCGCCAGGAGCAGUAUGUGCAGUGCCGGCUGCAGGACUCGCCGCAGCUCACUGUGGGCGAAGCCAGGGCUGAGUAUCUGCGGCGCAGCUUUGAGCAGAACAUACGGCUGAUCGGUGUGAGCGCCUCAUCAUGUGCAGUGCCUGCUGCCCCCAUGCAGCAUGAACUGCAGGGCGCCCCUUGCCUGUCGUAUGAGCUGCUGUCAGAGCUGAGCGCAGAGGAACAUCCUGUCCCCUGCCACCCCCUGGAGGACUUGGACACAAUUUUGGACGAGGCCUGGUUUUUCGGGUCAUUCUCGACGCCGCCUCCUUCCUACGCUGGAUCCUGCUGUAGCUCCUGGCAUGGAUAA